CUUCUUCCCCGCGUGUCCCGCUGCGUGCUCCUGGGGGCCGCGGGUUCGGUCCCCAGGUCCGGCUCGGCCCGUUCUGGCCCGGCAUGAACCGCUACGUGGUGCCGCUGUCCGUGCUGGGCACGGCGGUGGGUGCUGCCGUGCUGCUCAAGGACCAUGUGGCGGGUGGGGCCUGUCCCAGCAAGGCCACCAUUCCUGGCAAGACAGUCAUCGUCACGGGCGCCAACACGGGCAUCGGGAAGCAGACGGCCCUGGAGCUGGCCCGGCGAGGUGCCAAAGUCAUCCUGGCCUGCAGGGACCUGGACAAGUGCGAGGAGGCCGCCAAGUUCAUCCGCGGGGAGACGCUCAACCGCCGAGUCAGCGCCCGCCAGCUGGACUUGGCCUCACUCCAGUCAGUCCGAGACUUCGCCGCCAAGGUCAUCCAAGAGGAGGAGCAUGUUCAUGUCCUGAUCAACAACGCGGCCGUGAUGCGCUGCCCGCACUGGACCACCCAGGACGGCUUCGAGAUGCAGUUUGGCGUUAACCACCUGGGUCACUUUCUGCUGACAAACCUUCUUCUGGACAAGCUCAAAGCCUCGGCCCCGGCUCGCAUCAUCAACCUCUCGUCCUUGGCCCAUGUGGCCGGGCACAUCGACUUCGAGGACCUGAACUGGGAGCAGAGGGUGUUUGACACUAAAGCGGCCUAUUGCCAGAGCAAGCUGGCUGUCGUCCUCUUCACCAAGGAGCUCAGCCGGAGGUUGCAAGGCACAGGAGUGACCGUCAAUGCUCUGCACCCCGGGGUGGCCAGGACCGAGCUGGGCAGACACACUGGCAUGCACACUUCUGCCUUUUCUAGCUUUACGCUCGGACCCAUCUUCUGGCUUCUGGUCAAGAGCCCCCAGUUAGCAGCCCAGCCCAGCACCUACCUGGCAGUCGCCGAGGAACUGGAAGGCGUCUCUGGAAAGUACUUUGAUGGGUUCAAGGAGAAAUCUCCAUCUCCCGAGGCUGAGGAUGAGGAGGUAGCCCGGAAGCUUUGGGCAGCAAGUGCCCACAUGGUGGGAUUGGAGAAUUCCCCUAGGACCUCUGGGAGAGCACCGCCUCACUCCAAAUAAUCUUCAGCAAGUGUGGAAACUAUGGGCAAGGAGACCCAGUCAUCGGGAUGGAGGAUCAUAGGCCGGAGAGAUAGCACAGUG